AUCGGGCAUCGGGCAAGCAGGGGUCGCUCCGAGGCGGCGUGGGUUAGCAGCCAACGGCCUUCAGUAUCGCGCGUCGUUUCGUGGUGUUCGGUUGGUUCGUUCUCGUUGUUCGUGUACAAGUGUGUUCGUUUCUCGAUAAGCAUCGAAUCGAAGGGAAUAGAAUGACAGCGACGUGAAGCGUUUGGAGAAACGGGACCGUCUUCCUCGCGCUUUCACCCUCCAGUGACUUUCGAAGCUGCGCGUUUCAUCCCCUUUUGGACAGUGUCGUAAAGGAUGCGGCGUCUCGACGUAGUCACGCUCCUCCUCUUCUGCUAUCUGGCAGCGGUGUUUGGACAAGACGGCGACCUUUAUUUCUCGGUGAGCCCUGGAGAGCACACGGUCGUCGAGGGAUCUCCGGUGCGUCUGAGAUGCGAGGCGCAGCCGAGUUCGCGGGUCAAGUACUCGUGGAAAAUCGACGGUCAACCCCUCGCGCCGAGUCCGCGGAGACACCAACACGGUGGAGACCUUCGUAUCACCAGGGUCAACCGUAUCCUCGACAGUGGAAACUUCGUCUGCGUGGCUACUCACGAGGAAACUGGAUAUUCCAUCGAGAGUUCACCCGCAAAGAUAGACAUCCAAUGGAUCAGCGAGGCGAGCGUGCAGCUGCAACAGCCGAAACUACCGUCGGCGAUCCGUAUCGGAGACGAGGUUGAACUUCGAUGUCACGUCGAUGGAUCCGGAGACAUGAAAUACGAGUGGUUCAAAAAUCGUGAACCGCUGGUUAGAAGCGAUCGAAUCGAUAUCAAGAAGAAGAAGCUACACGUUCAUCGAGCCGUCCCCGAAGACAGCGGAAUGUACGGUUGUUUAGCGAAGAACGAGGCAGGAUCUUCGCCAAAAAUGGAAAGCUACCCUCUUAUCGUCUCCGGUAACGAGACGGCAACGAUAAAGGUCGUUCCCCGGAACCUGAUCGCGAAACGAGGAGAACCGGCUGUUCUCCAUUGCGUGUUCGAAGACGCGGAUUCUGUUCAGUGGUUCUUCAGGGACAUAGGACCGUUGGAAAGCGACGACGAGAGGGUCAUCUUCGAGAACGGAACUCUGUUGAUUCAUUCGGCCGAGCACAGGGAUCAAGGUUUCUAUUCUUGUCGCGGGGAAAGGGGAGAAACCAGCAUCGCCUACACGGUCGAUCUUCAAAUAGCUUAUCUGAUGAAUCUGUCCGCUGCCUCGUUCGAGCCUAUAUUGUCGAACCAAGUAGCCGUGGUAGGAGAAGAACAAGAACUCCAAGUGAGCUGUUUGGAACCGUCCGGUCUGCCAGCCCCCAAGGUCUAUUGGAGAGAUCCCAAGGGACACAUCAUAAGCGAUUCCGGGCCGGUGCGCGUUCAGGAUAACACGCUUAUCAUCGCCAAGGCACGGAUAGGAGAAGACGACGGCAACUACACCUGCGUUGCCGAGAAUAUGGCCGGAGAGACCGAAAUGGUUGCACAAGUACUCAUCUCCACACCGCCGACGCUGAUAAGUUCGCCGGAGAGUCUGAGCGCGAUGGAAGGCGAUUCCGUGACGUUGUCGUGUUCGUAUUCGGGCAUGGAGCCACCGGUGACCCACGUGCGUUGGCUUAAAGACGGAGAACCUUUGAAAGAGAGCGGCGGACCGACGAGACACCGGGUAACCGAUCAGUACGGCAACGUGACCCUGCAUUUCAAGAGCGUCGAGUUGUCUGACAAGGGUAGUUACACGUGCGAGAUAUCGACGAAAGGUUUCCCUUCGAUAUUCUCCGAGCGGGCUACCCUGACGGUCGAAGAGAAGCUCAAGUUCUCGCCGCAACCGGUGGACAAGCGACUGGAGCUUGGGUCGACGGCCAAAGUGCCGUGCAAGUCUCAGGGUGCCACUAAUCCGACGGUGAAGUGGAUCAAGGAAGGAGCGGCGGCCGAGGAAUUCCCGAAGCACGUGCAAGAUAUCAAUGGGACUCUCCACUUCAAUGGCGUUCUCGAGGAGGACAAGGGUCGCUACACGUGUAUAGCCAGCAACGCCCAGGGCUCGAUCAACCACACGAUCAGCAUCGACGUAGUCAAAUCGUUGCUCUUUUCAGUCGCUCCGAAAUUCACCAUUCAACCGCAGAAUCCGACCGAAGCGAUCGAGGGAUACCCGGUGAUGCUGCACUGUGCCGCGGACGGCGACCCUAAACCCACCAUACAGUGGGACAGGGACUCUCGUAUGAACAACCUGAACAAUUCGCGCUUCGAGGUGCUGGGAAACGGUAGCUUGUACAUCAAGGAAGUGUACAUGGCCGACGAGGGCAAGUACGGAUGUACGGCGGGCAACAGUGGCGGUCUGAAGAGGGAAGAAGUCCAGUUGAACGUGAAAGCCGGCGACACGUACAGAUUCGACAUGGAUCCCGAAAGCGGGGACGACGGAUCGAUGAUGACCAAGACCGUCACGAUCACUCUGAGCACCGCCGCGGCUUACAUGGUCCUCGUGGUCGGCCUGAUGCUGUACUGUCGUUACCGACGCCGUCGCAGGAAGCAGCAGUACCUCCAAGAGCAGGCUGAAGAGAAACUGGAGAACGGCGAGGUGCAGGAGGAACAGACCGAGCUGAAAGAGACCGGCAACAGCAAGAUGAACUCUAGCGCCGGCAAGAAAAAGGAGAACCGCGACUCCCAUAACAAGAGCGACGGCGCCGAUACCGCUCAAAGUCAAAGCAGCAACCAAUCGAAGAGAUCGAAAUCCAACUACGACAAGAUCGCCGUCUCUCGCGACAAUUUGAAGGAAUUGAAGCCUCUCGGUCGCGGCGAGUUCGGCGAGAUCUACGCGACCAAGUACCAAGUGGACGGCGACAAAGAAUCCCUGGUGAUGGUGAAGAGUCUGACCAACACGAAGGACGAGACGGCUCUGCAAGAGUUCAAACGUCAUCUGGAUCUGCUGCACAAACUGAGUCACGAGAACGUGGUGAAAUUGAUAGGUCUGUGCCGCGAAGAGGAACCCGAUUACAUGAUCCUCGAGUACACCGACUGGGGCGAUCUCAAGCAAUUUCUGAUCGCUUCUCGCAAGGACAACAAUUCCAGUCCCACCCAGGAGACGAAACCUCCGCGUGCACCCCAACUGUCCGUCGCGCAGAUUCUCUCCCUGUCGAAUCAGGCGGCGAAAGGGUUGAAACACCUGGCGGACAGCCGUCUGGUUCACAAAGACAUAGCCGCCCGGAAUUGUUUGAUCGCCAGCAACCUGACGAUCAAGAUCUCGUUUCCCUGCAUGACCAAAGAGCCGUACCAGCAGGAGUACACCAAACACCGGAAUCAAGUGAUCCCUCUGAGAUGGUUACCGUACGAGGCCGUCUACGAGGACGAGUAUUCGACCAAGAGCGACGUCUACUCGUUCUCCUGUCUCGUAUGGGAGAUGUUCCACCAGGGCGAGUUGCCGUUCAACAAGAUGAACGACGAGUCCGUGUUGACCGCUUUGAAGUCUCAGAGUCUCGCGUGGAAGCCUCACAAAGCUGCGCCUCCAGCAUUGCAGGAGCUCCAAGCUCAGUGUUGGUCCAACGAUCCACGGGAUAGACCCACCUUCGACGAAGUUGUUUUGAAAAUUGGUGAAAUCGUGGUCGACAGUUGUCUGUAGAUUACUCCAAGAACGCUAACGAGGCUCUAAAAUCCGAAUACGCCGAGACAGGGGUAAUCAUUCGUUCGCGCGAUACCGCGGUCGACAGGGAAACGCUGUUCGUGGUUCGAUCUCGCAACGGUUACUCGUGUUACGGUCAUUCGGUCGCGUCCAUUAGGUCGGUAAGGAUUAAUAAUUUAUUUGUAACCGAACAAACAUCCGCUCCAACGACUAUGAACGUCGAAUUAACGUAAGGACACACGGUACACGCUACAAUAUUAUACGACUAACGCAAUAUUAUAGUCUAUCUACUAUCGAAUAUCAGUGUAACGAUACGCGUUACGGGUGUGCAAAAGUUUUAGCCCUCCUUACCGGAUGAACCUCGGUUUUCGAUUUUUCUAUUCUAACAACGUUUCGACACGGACUUCGACCAACGUAUUGUUCCGCUUCGGUAGGACGUUACUAUAUCCGAUAUUUUGCCCAGUGUGCUUCUAAAAAGACUGAAUAAAAAGACUAAAACUUUUGCUCACGCUUAAUAUAUAUAGGGUAUAUAUCGAUCAUCGCACAUCGAAUACUCGUUAAGAACACCGCUACGUAAAUACAUAUACAUAUUAUAUUGUCGUCACGGCAAGAGAUCGCAAGCUACGAAAGUAUCAAGACCAUAUCAACGUUGAACGAACGACAAGUUUUUUAUAACCGCCUAAUUCACGUCUGCCCUCGUUGUACUCUGUUAAGGUCUAAGGCUUAAGAAUUAUUUAUAUAGCGUACAUGUUUGCGUCUGACACGUAACACAUAUAAAUAUAUAAAUAUAUAUAUAUAUGUAUAAUGUACAGGGUAUUCGACAGGUUUUUCUUACAAAUUUUACCGAUAGUGUCCGACUAAAUACAAGACGAAGAGACUCUAUUAAACUGGACACAGUGAAAAUACGAGAGAUUUGUACCGCGUAACGCGUAUUUCUAGCAAAUUCUCAUCGAUUUUUAGGUAACGAAAAUCAUCGGCAAAAUUUCACGAAGACCUGUGCGAUACCUUGUAGAUAGGAAUGUACGUGUACGGGGUGGGCGAGGUAGUCGAAACGACGAAUAUUUUCGACCCUUCGAGAAAGUGUUUACGCGAUUGAUGCGAUGCGAGCGCCUUGGACGUGUCGAUACAACUACUUACGUAUGUCUGUGAUUUAGUUUGAUUGUUGGAUGGAAAUCGAGGAAGAAUUUAAUACCGGAAGGGUCACGAAUUCGAUAAUCGUUUUACGACGCUUGGAUCACCUUGUACAACAGUACGAGAAAUGAAAAAAAGUAAAGGAUGAUCGAAAGAAAGAAAGACAGGAGCGAUUUCUCGAUAUCGACUCGAAGAGGAUAAAUAAAACGGUCUUGUACAUACCGUGGGUAUGAACGUAAGCUCAUUCGUUAAGUACUAAUCGCGAGAUUCAACUUUUGCCAUGCUAUUCUUCUCGUUAUCUUUGCUAGACGAACAAGGCUGAAAGAAAAACCCAAGUUUUAUAUCGAGCACUAUCUUAGAGCCUAUUUUUGCUAUUCGAGAACGAAUAGAUUAAGAAUCUGUCGUGUCGAACGUCCUCGAAUAAUUGGACACUUCGACCGUCCAUAUCACGAAAUUUGUACAACGAAGCCGAAAUUUCGUUUCGUUUCUUUUCAUUUCGUACGAGAUACGACACGCGGCUCGAUGCAUUUCGUUUUCUCGAGUCGCGUGUUACGUUUUUGCGUUUAUAGGAUUUUCCAUUUCGCAUUCGAGAAGAGCUCGGGAAUAUCAAAUCACAGAGGGAGAUUACAGAUGACGGUAAAUCAAGAGCAUCGGAUAUGCCGUUACGAUGACUAUCAUGGCUCACGCGAGGAAACACGUACACGUACAGAGCUGUCAACGUCGAAGCGAAGAUUGCUUCUAGAAUCGAACGAAAGAAAAAUAAAUUGUUUAACGCCGCGACUGCCACGUUAUACGUGUCCGAGCCAGAUUCGAUUCAGAAACAACUACAAGAAGUAAUACUUGGUAGCAUGGUAUUUGGUAGAUACGAUUGCGUUAUAUGUACGAGAUGAGAAAUUCGGAUACGCGUAAUGUGGCAGUUAACGCGUUUUCGAUACUUACUGUACUCCGUAUCACGAUGUUGGCUGGAAAACACGAGAGGUGGUCGAUCAGUAUUCAAAGUAUUCCUCAGCUCUGCACACGUAUACGCAACAUAAAAUAUAUAAUGUAUCAUAUACGCAUUUAGAUGUACGAGACGCUAAGGUAAACACUGCCAACGAGUAAUCUCUUUAACGUUAAAGGUUUUCAUAAUCAUAGCGAAUACGACCAUUCCCUAAUUUAAUAUACACCCCAUUCUUCGUCGUGUCGAAGGCACCGUGAGAGAAGAUCGAUGCAAUUUGACUAUCGAUUCCUUUUCCAUUACGAGCCCGCACAUUUUGCAAGGGUUUUGAACGUUGUCGUCGAUUUCUCGAAAUAUUUUUACCAACGAUUAUAACUUCUGUGCGAAGGAAAUUUCGACGAUUGAAACGCUACGACGACGAUAGUCGUUGUUCGGAAUUCCUAUGAAAAAAAUGUUCGGACGAUAAUAGAAACCGUUAGAUACGAUAAUAUAGUCGAUCGACGAACAACGUUCGCUUGCAAACGUCCUGAAUGUUCAGAUGCUUCCUAAGUGUUCGCAGUAAUAGGCCAAGGAAUAUUCUUGUAAUAUAAAGUGCGUUAGGAACAUACCUUGCAGCCACUUCGCUGACAUUUCGUAUAUCAUUAUUCAAUUCUGACGAGUUCUGACUGUGUGCUCUCGUAUCAUUCGCCGAUCGAAUCUUUCCGGUGUUGUGAUCGUCAACCCUUAAGCCUGUUUCACACCAAUGAACAACGUUUAACGUGUAGGUGUGAAUUAGGCUUUCAAUUUCUCUUUUAACCGCUGCGAAACGACUCUUGCGUUAGUUAUUAAUUUCUUGCCUUCACGAUUCUUUAGCGAUUGGAUAUUCCAAAUUUUGCUGAUUUAGUAACCGGAGAUCUAAAUAAUGUUCUGAUUUACGUUUAAAAUCCUAAUUAGAAUUGAAUUCUGCUCUAUGAAUACGAUCCAUUUUAUCGUGCUUUAAAGAGAGAGGUUUUAAAGAGAACAAGGGAGUGUUGAUACAACACCUAGACUGAAAUAAAAAAAAAAUAAGAGAAAAGGUGUUUUUUAACAAAGCGACCUACUAUACGUCUGAUGUCUAGUCAUACACGGUGAGAACGAUAUAAGCGAGCAGCGAACGCAAGAUCCAUUUUUAAAACGAAAGAAAACGACCUUUCAUAUCCCUACGCGUUUUUCUAAUCGAUUUCUUUUUUACAGUAUUUUGUAAAUAUUUGUACUUUUUUAUCUACAUCGUACUUACGAAUCUUUAAAAUAGUAUGUGCUACGAUUAAAUAAAG